CCAUUAUACUGCUUAUAUUAUUUAAUUAUGAUUCAAUCUACAACCUAGUUAAGUAAUUAGUGUGAAGGGUUUAAGGGUUUAAGUAAUAACCUUUUAUAAAGUACACAGCUGUGUCUGUGUCUGUUCGCCAUUUAAUAAAAAAAAGACAUAUAAAACCUAAUAGGGGAAGAGGCUAUUCAUCAGCCAUUCAUUCAUCUGUAUAUAAAAAAAGACAUCUUUUUUUUUAUCUUCUUUUUUUCUAUUUAAAAAAAAAAGAACGGUAUAUAUAUAAAAGUAAAAUAAAUCGAUUAAAAAAUUUUUUUCUUCUUGUACAAAAAAAAAAAGAUCUUCUUUCCCCUCUCCUCUUUCCGUUCAAAAAAAAACAUUUUUAUUAAGACACUUGUCAGUAGUAGUAACCUACUACAUUGCCACGAAACCUACUACAGUUGUAGGUUUUUUCUAAAGAUCGUUUACCAAUAUUAUAUAUUAUUAUAUAACAUAUGCCGGCAAGACGUAAAUCAUCGGAACCACAGACACCACCAGCAACUCCUAAAAGAUCAAGAAGUAGACGAAAUGGUAGUUCUCAAGGAUCUCAAAGCUCUCAAAUUUCUUUGGGUUCUCAAAAAUAUACGGCAUAUUUAAGAGAACGUCCUACCCCUACAAGUGAUAUAUAUUCACAAGAAAAAAAUCCUUUUUCUGGAGAAGAACUCUGUGAACGUUUACAAUUAGAAAGUUCACAACCAUCUAUAUUUAAUUCUAAUAAUAAUAAUGAUAAUGAUAAUGUUGAUGACGUUAUUAAUAAUGAUGAUACAAAUCAAUCCGUUCCUAAUAUACCUACUGAUCGUAGUGUCGCCGUAAAUAACAAUAAUAAUAUUAUUAAUAAUAAUAAUCCAAUAGGUUUAUUAUCUUUCAUAUGUUGGAUCUUAAAUUUCGGUUGGAAUAAUUUAAUUGGGAAUAAGAGAAAUAGAUGGUUAUUUUGUUUUAUAUUAUUAUUAUUAUUAUUAUUUUUAACAUUUUCAAACGUUGAACAAGAAAAUAAAUCUUUUAUGGAUUACUUUUCAUCAAGUAGAAUAUAUAUUUGGGCUAUUGAUGGUAAAACUUAUAAGAUUCAACCGAUCGGU